AUGUCGGGUGGUCAAAAGAAAGACGUUUCCUCCUUCGCCGUUGAUUUUUUAAUGGGUGGUGUAUCAGCCGCCGUAUCAAAAACUGCCGCGGCUCCCAUCGAACGUGUAAAACUCUUAAUUCAAAACCAAGAUGAGAUGUUAAAAACUGGUCGUCUUGCGACUCCUUAUAAGGGUAUCGUUGAUUGCUUUACUCGUACCAUACGAGACGAAGGAAUCAUUUCGCUUUGGCGUGGUAACACCGCGAAUGUUAUCAGAUAUUUCCCCACCCAGGCGUUGAACUUUGCCUUCAAAGAUAAAUUCAAGAGAAUGUUUAACUAUAAAAAGGAGAAAGACGGUUAUGCGAAAGUUUUCUUUGGUAAUAUUGCUUCAGGUGGUGCUGCCGGUGCCGCAUCUUUAACGGUUGUAUAUUCAUUGGACUAUGCACGUACUCGUCUUGCUAAUGACGCGAAAAGCGCAAAGAAGGGUGGUGAACGCCAAUUUAAUGGUCUUGUUGAUGUGUAUCGCAAGACUAUCAAGUCUGAUGGCAUUAUUGGUCUUUAUAGAGGAUUCAACAUCUCUUGCGUCGGAAUUAUAAUUUAUCGAGGUUUGUAUUUCGGUAUGUAUGACUCUUUGAAACCAAUCGUUCUUCGUGGAAGUCUUCAAGAUCAAUUCUUGCCAAGUUUCUUGCUUGGCUGGGGUAUCACUAUUGGCGCUGGUUUGGCUUCAUAUCCGAUUGACACUAUUCGUCGUCGUAUGAUGAUGACAUCCGGUGAAGCAGUUAAAUACAAAUCAUCAUACCACGCCUUUAAAGAAAUCGUUGCCAAAGAAGGAACCAAAUCCUUGUUCAAGGGAGCUGGUGCUAACAUUCUUCGUGCUAUUGCUGGUGCUGGUGUGUUGGCGGGUUAUGAUAAACUUCAAAUCAUUUUCUUCGGCAAAGCAUACAAGGGUGGCUCUGGAUAA